GUUAUGUCGCCCACGUGAUUCUAUCCAAAAAAAAAAGAAAGAAAAAAAGAUCGAGGUGUAAUAACUCGUGCUGUAACCUUAUGUCUUUAAAAGCAUUCAGCCAAACAUCAAAUAAGAUUGGCUGUUUUUCUUUUUAAGCAAACAAGCUAUUCGCCAUUUUUUUCUAGCGUAUAGUAGCCCAGUUCUUCCCAUGGAUUUACAGAAGCAUCUACAAAGAAAACGGGAACAUUUUCUCAACAGUAUUUUCUGCUCUUGUUCUUCCUGGUUCAACCAAGUCCUGACGUGCGCGCGCAUGACUCAGAAAAGCAAAAGUGAAAGUGUCUUUUUGACGAGCCUUCUCGUAUUUCUUGUUGAAAGGCUCUCGUUUUAAAGAUCAUUUAUAUUAGUUUAAGACGUUAUGAUAACUUUGUCUGUUUUAAAACAUGAUAAAACUAGUUUCCUGCAUUUUUAUGUCAGUACUUCUGGUUGCUGAUGGCUUCACUGUUCAUGGUCCCUCUGCUCCUCUGGUUGCUCCUCUGGGAUCUUCAGUGGUUUUGCCCUGUUAUGUUGAUGAAAUCUCACUAUUGGAGGAUCUGGAGGUGGAAUGGGAAAGAGCAGACUCAGAGACUCUGGUUCAUCUGUAUCAAGAUGGUGAGAGUCAACCAGAGGUCCAGCAGCAGGAUUAUUAUGGUAGAGCUCAUUUCUUUACUGAGGAGAUUCAACAUGGAAACUUCUCCCUCCGUCUGGACAAUUUGACAGCUCAAGAUGAAGGAAAAUACAGGUGUACAGUUUUCAUUCAGCUGGAUUCUGGAGAAACUGUGGCUCAGAUAAAAAUUGGUAAUGAGCGUUUGUUAGUGUCAGGAUCAAGUCGUCCUGCUUCUGCAUAUGUUGGUGAGGACGUGACUCUGAACUGCUCUGUAGACUCUCACAUCACACCUGAAUACAUUGAAGAGGUUUCAUGGAUGAAAACAGAUAAAGAAGGAGAUAUUCUGGUUCUGCUUUACCAAAACAACGAGACUUUACCAGAUUCAUCAGUUGAACAAUUCAGAGGCAGAGUUGAGUUCUUCACUGCUGAAAUCCCCAAAGGAAACUUCUCUCUCAGACUGAAGAGUGUCAGAACUGAGGAUAAAGGAGUUUACAUGUGUCAAGUGUUUGCUGGAGAUUUAUCAGCCAAUGCGACUAUAGAGCUGGAGAGACUGGGUUUCUCUUCUUUGCACACAGCUGUGCUGGUCUUCUGUGUUGCUGCUGGAUCUGGAGCUGUUCUUCUGCUCUGCUGUCUGAUCUACUGCAGAUAUAAAAACACAGUCUCCAGCAGAAUCUGGAAUCUUCAGCUUUCUCUGGUCUUUUUCCCAAACAUCUGUAUGUUCUUAGCCUUCAUCCUUUGGGGCUUUACUGAAGGAUCUUUGCAUGAGACCAUCACCUGCUCUGCUCUUUAUAUUCUGAGGCCUUUUAUGCUGAUCUGGGCUUUGCCCUAUUUGAAGUAUCUUGAAGGGAAUCUUAAAUCAUGGAGCAGCUUUUUCACACUAACGAGAGAAUUUGCCAUUUUCACACUCGUUGUUUAUUCAGUUCUUUUCUCAUAUGGCUGGAGAAAGAGAGCAUAUGAUACAGACAUCACACCUCGUGUAGGUUCUGGGGUAUUCUUUGGAAGUGUUGUGCUGAUAUGCCUCAUAUUGAGUACAGGGGACUUUUUAAGGCUUUCCAAAAGACAAAGAGAGAGAAUCCAAACUCUAGGUGAACACAUCCUCUUUUUUUUUUACCCAUUACUAGUUAUACUCCAAUAA